GGCAGGUGGAAGUUUUCUCAGAUUCUUGUUCUUGUACUACUAAAAUUAUCCCUAACUAAAGAUGCAUCCCGACCUGUCUCCUCAUCUGCACACUGAAGAAUGUAACCUAGUUAUCAGUCUGCUCAAGAAGUGUCACAAGGAGCACAACAUUUUGAAAUUUUUUGGCCAUUGCAAUGAUAUUGACCGUGAGAUGCGGAAGUGCUUAAAGAAAGAGUAUGAAGAAAACAGGGCCAGGAACCAGGAGAUGCGACGGAGGCUAAUUAAUGCUCACAAAAACUCAGAGAAGUGAGCUGUACUGUAGUUGGACAGCUGCAUCUCAAUAGGGACACUCGCUUGAAAGUUGGCAGAAUACUUCUUUCACAUCACCAAUGCUGAGCCUGUGGUUUGUGAAAUGGUGAAAAAAAUAAACGCACCUAAUACAUACUCAUUCCCAGCAAGGCAAACAAUAUGGAAAAAAAUAAAUAUAAUAAGUCAUCACUCACAA